ACGAUAAAUUAUUUAUUGUAAAAUAAAAGACGCGAAACACGAUUUUUUAAUCGUCAACAUAAUACAAUUAAAUAAAAAUCCUGCAUGCAUAAUUCAAGGUCCCAGAUUUACGUCAUCUGGUGAAUCAUUAGUCAUCGUGUGACUCACUCAUACCUCAUACCUCUUUUGCUCUCCACAUAAAUCGCAUAAAUCUAAUCCCCAUAAAGGUAUGAGUAAAAAGGAGUAGAAGGUAUUUAAAAUAAAACGCGCCUUUUUUUCCGUACCAAUAAUUAACUUUGAAUAUCUGUAAAUUUGUAUCGAGAACCUUCGUUACUCCUACUCCUCCUACUCCUCCUACUACUACUACUACUAGUCCUACAAAUCAACAAAUCCUACUCGUAAGUUUUCGUAUAAUUCCGGUACAAUUCCGGAAGACUUCUAGCGCUUCUGGCACUUGUGCUAACUGCUGACAAACAUUCGGGUAUUAUCGACUGUAAUCGUUCAUUUUCGUCGUUAUUCGGAUUAUUAUUAUUAUUAUUAUUGUUGUUGUGAUUGUUAUUAUUGAGUGCAUAAUAGCAGUAGUAUAGCGCAUACCUUGUCAGACUGUUAGUUGAUGUUCAUUGAUGUUAGUUGUCACAUCCAACCAAUAUUUCUGUUUAUAAAUUAUAAUUAUUGUCACUGUAAUCGGUUACGUUUAUUAAUUUAUAUAUUAAUGUGCAACUAAAAUACUUAAUUUUUUUCGUUGUUACUCUAAUAAAAAAUAAUAAUUUAUCGUAUUAGUGUUAUCGUGAUAACUAAUUUAUAAGUGUACAAUACGAUGAAUGAAAAUAAAAAUGUGGCAAGAGGGAGGCGAAGCUCCCUUUGACGAAUUAAUUGACUCAAAAGGUGAUGAUAUACAGAAAUUAAGUGUAAUACAAACUUUACCAAGCCUGUUGGUUGGAGAUCCCCAAACAUGUAUUCAAAGAUUAAUGCCCAAGAUGCAGCAGACUCUGCCUACAGCAUCAACAGAAUUUCACGUCGCUGCAUCCUCAACAUUCAAAACAAUUUUAGAACAAAGACUUGUCAGUCACUCAACAUUUACACAGACAUUCCUACAAAGCAUUUUAAAUUCACUCGACAGCAAGGAUCAAGUUGUAGCUGAUGCUUGGCUGGAGACCUUGCUUGAUGUUAUUGAGUUACUACCCAGUGAAGUCAUCAAGCGUGAGAUAUUACAAGUAGCAAUAAGUAAAGGACAACUAUCACAACCAGUCAGUUCACGUAUCAUUUGCUGUAAAUUGCUGGGAAAAAUAUGUACACGUUUUAAUUCACAAUUAAUAAAAAAACAAGUAUUACCGACAGUUCAUUCACUGUGUCAAGAUGUAAAUAGUGAUGUAAGAGCAUGUAUAUGUUUACAAUUACGUUUUGUUGCGGAAGGACUGGGUCCUGAAUCAGUUAAAUCGGCAUUGUUGCCAUCGAUUGUAGAGCUCGCGAGUGACGAAGAGAGUAUCGUGAGACACGCAUCUGUACAGACAAUAGUUUAUCUACUACCUCAUUUACAUGCAGACGUUAUCAAAAGUACCAUAUCACCGCUAAUUAAAAAAUCAUGCGACAAUGCAUUAAAAUCAGAUGUAACUGUCAUGUGUACAAUUGCCGAGGAGUUUGGAAAACUGGCAAUUGGUCUAGAAAAAUCAUUAUCAACAUCUGAAAAAUCUUGGCUUAUUAAAUUUUUUAAACAAUUAGCCCAAGUGGGAAUUUUACCCAAAAAAGAUAAUAAUAAAACAGAAUUUGGAGCAACGGCUUGUUCUAAUACUACUAAUAAAAAUGAAUUUUCUAGUGUUAAUACAUGUACCAGUAAUCAAACUGUUAUUGAACAUUAUGUUGAGUGUCGUAGACUCUGUGCAUUUAAUAUUCCGGCAAUGUUUCUUUUUGCGGCUUCUACUGCUGAAGAUGUUGAUCAACUUUUACCAACAUUCACUGAUCUUUCUGCUGAUCCUUAUUAUUUGGUUAGACGAACUAUCGCCUGUGGUAUCCACGAGGUUGCUAAAAUUCUUGGACCAAAAAAUCAUUUAAUAAGAAAUGAAUUAAUAAAACUACUAAAAGACGAUCAUGAACAAGUGUUACAAGGUUUGAUACCACAAUUAUCAAUAACAUUAGAACUUUUAACUCAAAGUCAUGCACUGGGAAUGGAACAGCUUGAAUCAUCAUCAGUUUUGGAGUUGGGAAAGGCAUUAAUGAAAUGUGAAAAUGAAAUUUUCAAUACGAAUAAUUGGAGACUGUCUAAAUUAAUAUUACAACAAUUAGAAAUAUUACCUAAAUGUUUUCCAAGUGAUUAUAUAUAUACGUACUUUGUGCCUGUGGCUUUGAAUCGUGCAUUGAACGCGUUUAUAAAAUUACAGAGACCUAUGCCUGUAAGAUUAGCGGCUGGACGAACAUUUUUAGUGUUUAUUCGGUACAAUUUAAAACCAAUUCAAAGAACUGAAUUGAGGAAUAAAUUGUACAGUGAAUUUGCACGUAAUAAAAGUUGCUACAUAAGAAUGUUAUUUAUUCGAAUGAUGAUUGAAGCAAUGUCACUAUAUUCGUCAAUGUACUUUAAAGAACACUUUUACACGGUAGUACUGAGUCUUUCAGACGAUCCAAUAGCAAAUAUUCGGCUUAAACUCGUAAGUUUAUUGCCAACAUUAAAAUCAUAUUUACGUUUGCCAUCGGAUAAAAAACUUUUGUCGUCAUUCGAGUCGAGUGUACGUAAUUUAAUGAAUAAUGAAAAAGAUCGUGAUGUUAUUUCUGCAUUGACAAGUGUCAUACGUCAGCUAGACGAAAUCGAUGUACGUCAUGAAGGUCAAUCAUCUUCGAUUAAAUCAAACAAACAAGACAAUGAAGAUUUUAAAAAAUACGAAGAGGAAAAUAAAAUAAUGGCAACUAUACCAAGUAAAUUGAUAACUGGGCAACAAGUAAUAAAAAAAUCACCGAUCGCAGGAACUGGACGAUUAACUACCAGUGAUGGAACAACAACUCUACGUAAUACUAAACAAUCUGGAAUUUUGACUGACAAUUUACCUAAAACAACUAUGUCGUCGCAAAAAGUUAAGCAGGCAGGUUCAAUGCCAAUAACGGAUUCAACGACAUUCAAGUCGAGACAAACGACGAGGAGUUUUGAUUUAGCAAAAGCCAGUACGUCCAGCGACGAUUUAACAUCAAGCUGGGCUCGUUUAACUUCAAACAGCAUGUUACUAACACAUUUAUGGGAAAAAAUAGACCGUUGUACAUCUUCGACGCCCUCAUCAUCGUCGUUAUCUUCAUCAUCAUCGUCGUCAAUAUCGUCAAUGUCGUCGAUAAUAAAUCCAAAUUCUAUAAUUGGGUCGAAUAAUUCUGAAGAAACAGACAUUUCUAAUCACCACCCGUGUAAUUGUUACAAAAGUUUUAUUUAUCCGAGUCCCCUGUCAAGUCCCGGUAAUUGUGAGCCAGAAUACAAAAAUAAUGAGCCCACGUGCUUUUGUCGGGAGUCUUUAUCAUCUAAAAUGAAUUCUUGUAAUUUAUAUCACCAAAAAUCAAAUUAUUUUGACACCUCAUCACUAACAAGUCCACUUUUACUAACCCGUAAAGAUGAAACUAGGCAUGAUAUUAAUAAUUAUAAUCCUUAUAAAUAUUUAAAUAAUUAUUUUACACCACGUGAAAGUACGCAAAGUUAUAAUGAUAAACUUAUGCCAAAUUUUGCUGCUCUCCGUGCUGUAACAAAUGCUGCACAGCAUAAUUCAUGUUGGGCUUUUAGUUCGAUGCCUGAGAUACCGGUGACUCUUUUGGAUGACGAGUUUUUGGUCGACACUGGGGUUAGAAUUCCUGCACAAUUGUCAUCAUCUCAAAGUACAUCAAAAAUUCCAAAUCUACAGGAUAUUAUUUAUCGGAAUUCACGUAUUGGUAAUUACAAUGGAAAUAAAUCACGUCGAAAUAUCAGCUCUAUUAGUGGAGGAGGAAGUUGUACUGGUGGUAGUAGUAGUGGUAGUAGUGGAAUAAAUUUAGAAAAAGGUAAAAGUAAAAUGCACUAUCCGUUGCAUGAAACCUGUCUGAGAAGAACAACGAGUGUUGAUAAAUCAAGUAUAGGUAAUAUGGUUGGUAAUAGGUUGUCGAUGAGUUUUGAUGACACGAGAAUAGAUAAAAGUCAUUCAAUGUCGAUGGAAGAUGAUAUGAAAGCUAAAAGAUAUCCAUCAAGAACUAUUGGAAAACGACUGAGCAGCACUGGUGAGGGUCUUAGUGGAAGUAGCAAAAUAAUUGAUGAUAAAAAAAGAUCAUUUAUGGAUCGUGAUAAAAAUCGUAUGACUCCACCGACUAGAGUCCUUGACAAAAGUAAACGACACUCUGCUAGCUACAGUAUUAAGUUUUUUGAUACUAAAAGCUAUAAGGAUAAAUUUAAGAGACACAGUUUAGAAGUUCCAGACUACAAUCCCGAGCGGGGAAGACUCAAGAGGAAUUUCACCCUGGAUGUCAAUCAUAACCAGGGAAUUAGUAAAAUUCCACUGAGAAAUUCAUUUGCGGUUGGUAGCCGCACUGCCCCGGUUACCAGAGCUUCCAGUCCAAUAAGAUUGAGACCACAGAUUAGCUUCGAUCGGGGAAAAGAGGAGAACGAUGAUGGAGAUGAUGGGGAUGAGUAUCGUGGCGAGAGGGUAAUGACGAGAUUCAGUUCUAGCGAUGAACAAGUUGAUAAACUUUGUAUUAGAUUUGCGUACGUUGAUGCGUAUCAGAGAGAAGAAAGUCCUCGAAAAAGUAUGAGUAAAUUACCCGUUUGGGUACCCAGAAAAAAAUCAUAAUUUUAUUACCGUUUAUUAAUAAUUAUUUCAUAAUCAAUAGUAAUCAGAAACUUUUUAGCAAUUCAAAAUAUAUAAUUUAUUAGACGCUGAGUUAUAAAUAAUUCAUUUACUACUUAAUUAAUAAUUAAAAUAAUACAAAGCUUAAUUAACUUUUAAAAAUAUAAAUACAUGCACGUUUCCUAUAACGUUUAAAAAAAAAUAUAUAUAUAUAUUUUUAACAGGGUAUAUAUGGAGUUUAAAUUAAUAUAACAGUUGAUUUUAAAAUAUUGCUAAAAAUUUUAAUAAUUUGAUUUUAUCGAAAUAUCAAAUAUUUAAAAAUUAUAUAAAUUAUAUUUAUCGUUGAAUUUUUCCUAUAGAAUUUAAAUAAUAAAUUCUUUAUAGAUAGAAUAAAAUAUAUAUGUAAAAUGUAAGAGUACUAGAGUUGCUUCUUACUUGAAUAGUUAUUUGGCAAUAAUUAAAUGCCAUUAAUAAUAUUAAAAAAAAAAAAAAAAAAAAAAAAA